CCCGAAAAGAAUGCCUGGUCUGCACGAACCCGACCUCCGCGAGUGGUCAGAUAGUCACGGAUGUCCUGUGGGCGCAGUAACGAAACCACACUCACCUCGCUCUUUCUCCUCCGUUGGUCUGAACGGCCGACUCGUCUUGGUCGUGAUGCACAUUCAAACCCGCUCCCUUCGUUCGGCAUCGGCUUUCGCCAGUCGUCGCUGAUGCAGCUGACGCGCGCAAUCGACGUUCUGGCUCAGUUUUCGUACCAUGCCAAUGAUAUCUUUGCCGAACUCGAAUCGCACACAAGCAGGAUUGCAGACAGGAUUGCCUUGGCCAAAGAGAAAGUCGACAAUCUGAAGCAGACUCUGCCUGUUGUCGCGCUGAAGAUGCAGAGCACCACCGUGAUCAACUCGCUCGCUCCAGAGAGGUUCGCAUUCAACCCCGGCCAUCUCACUGAAUGGAGCUUGAUCACAAAGAAGACCGAGCCAGUGUCCAUCUCCAAGGUUUACGAUCGCUGUCGAGGCCCGCCGGAGCUCUCCCGUCUCGACGAGUUUCGGACGGACGGCCAAAACUCGCUCAAACAAUACACCUACCCCGAGUUCUUCCUGGAAGAGUGGAAAAAACUCAUGGCGGCCGAGGCCAAUACCAAGCCCAAGAAAGCACGCAAGAAGGAGAAGCAAGCCCUGAAGGCAGUCGAGACCGUCAAAGUCAAGGAGCUGGAUAUCAAGCGGUACAACUCGCAUGGUGACAUGAUUGCAGCAGGAGACGAGGGCACAUCCGCCAGCCGCAACCCAGUCCGCACCCGGGCUGCUGUCGCCGACGAUCCAUACGCUUCGCCUCUGUCGGGCCUCUCAAGCCUUCCCACGAGCGCAUCUGCCUCAAGGGACCUUGCAGUGGCCGCAAAAGCGGCCCCAGUGCCAUCUCGGCUCCCACCACCACCACCUCCACCACCUCCUCCGGCAGCAGCAGCGGGGACUCCUCCGCCCCCAGGACCAGGUGCCCCUCCACCACCACCAUCGCUUGCCACGGGUGGGACGGUAACCAUCUCAGCGCAGCUCGCAGCGGUGCAGCUCAAGGCGAAUCCACAAGCAAGCCAGAAAAAGCUCGACGAUCGUGGUAGCCUGCUGAGCGACAUAUCAAAGGGACAGUUCAAGCUGCGUAAAAUCGAAGUCGCCGAGCGGCCCAAGAAGAAGGAGGAGCCCGAGGGAGUCGCUGCGAUCCUGAUGCGACGUGCAGCGAUCGAAAUGAGCGACAGCGAGUCAGAGUCAGAUGAAAGCCAGAGCAGUGACUGGGAAUAGUGGCAAGCGAGUCCCUCCAUCAAAGGGGAUCAUCGAAAAUGGUCUUGUUGUGGAAGUCUGACAUACAGCGAGGCAAGGCUUCGUACGUCAUGCCGGCGAAUAGACCCUGCUUCUGUCUUAGCGGAGCUGAAUCGGCGUGUGUGACGAGAGGGAUGCACAUCAAGAGGCCGUGUGCUCGGGCAGCGCUGCGAGCAGCUGUCGCCAUAUCUGGCUUGGAGGGGCCAAGGGACGAGGUAGAUCGGUAGCAGCAACGCCGAUGAGAUGCACUGGAUUCUGUUGGAGCCAAAGAUCAGAUCAGCAAGUGACCAAAGCCGAGCAGAAAGUGAUUGAUGUCGGGCUAUCCCCUCGCGAGCAGCACCGCUGCUUGUAAGGCUACCACAC